UUCCUGACCGCUGGUCGGAUUACCCCGGCCGCCCUGUUCUCUUGGGAGGCCGGGUGUCGCCAGUACUUCCGGCACAAGCCCGUCGAACCGGCUAACCAUGUGAGCUUUGCCUCUGGAGGUUUCCAGGACCCUCGGGUCAUGGACUGGUGGCUCACCAACACCGCCGUCCUCGAGGAACUGUCCUUUGCAGACUUCAUGACCAAGCUGCGCGAACACUGGCUUCCUGCGACCUGGGCAAACGACAUCGUCACAUCCAUGUUCGCCUCGAAACAUCGUGAAGAAGACCCCCUCGACGUCUGGAUCACCAGUCUCGAGAAGCAGAACGCGUACCUACGUGGCACC